AUGCCGACGUUUGCUAGUUCGCUCGUCAAUCAUAUCCGAGCCGCCCUCUGGCUGCUCGACUGGCCCGUCAAUGCGGAACAAGUCGAGGCUGCUGGUCACCCAUUCUCUGCCAGUGUCGACAAGCAACUCGAGUCGUCUACAUUUGUGAGCUCGACCACCAAGCUCGUCUAUGGACUCGCAUCCGACAACUGCGCACACGCCUCUUCGUCUUCUUUGCUCUCAACAAGUUCUACUUUGAGCAGUCUUACUGCUUUAGAGAGCCCUGACACUAUCCAGAACGUCCUCAGCAGGGAUUACGAGAUUGACGGCAGGACGGGCUUCGUGCCCUCGUCUGCAGCCGUCACAUCGGCACCCGCAGAAUUGGAUACUCGAGAUGAGGAUAUAGACGGCAAAAAGAAGAAUAGGAAUCGGUUGCCUGCCGCCUAUGACCGCUGGGAGGACGCCCUCGCGAGCGCACCAGACCAGCUCGCACUCGCAGACGCAGACGACGAUUCGAUGCGAGCAAGGCGGUUCAGAGUCUCUGGACACGAAUGGCGCACUCAGUUUCAUCAGGCGAGUAUUCUCCUUGUCCCAUUUCCCCCAUUUGAUCGCUUCCACUUCGCACCGUUACUGACAUUUCUUUUUCUCGCUAUCCCUGCUACUUAA